AUGACGAGCAUUUCCGAUUCUUCGAAUCCGGAGCCCCAGUUGAUCGUUCACUACUCUGCUCCUGAGUUUUGCUUGCCACAUCCCAAGACCGUCCAGAAAUACUGCCUGGAUAAAAGCAAUCUGAUCUUCUGCCACGGUGUCACUAUAGCCAAGAGCAUGACUCAUGUUGCACAAAACACAAGUGUGCCUGUGCCCAAAGUUUUCGCAUACUAUACAUAUGGUCCUAUUGAUCGUGAUAUUGAUGAUUACGGAAGCCUUUACGAUACAUAUAUUUUUAUGAGUUUCAUUGAUGGCGAAACACUUGACACAGCCUGGGAUACUUUCGAUAUUUCCACCAAAUCCCAUGUUUCUAGACAACUCGCGAGCUACAUCCAGGACAUCCGGAAUAUGGGGGUAAAUGAUGGAUAUAUUGGCUCUGUGGACCAUGGACCUGUCACUGAUCAUAGCCUAUCGGAUUAUUCUGACAAGGGCCCUUUCAAUUCUGAGCAUGAUUUUAACAUGGCGCUUAUUGGCGCCUACCAACAGAGCGCACCAAAACGUCACAUCAAAAGUUUCCUUCAUGGAAUGCUUCCUCAGUCUCACAAAAUUUGUUUUACACAUGGUGAUCUCCGGCAACAAAACAUCAUGGUGAAAGAUGGAAAUGUCGUCGCUAUUAUCGACUGGGAGUUAAGUGGUUGGUAUCCAGAAUACUGGGAAUUCACAAAGGCUCUUCUUAUCUGGGGAUGGCAGAAUGACUGGACGGACUACCUGAUGCAAAUCCUUCAGCCGUAUCAUGCUGAACACUUUAUGCAUUCUUUCCUCAUGGAAAAGCUACUGAUUUAG